AUGUUUCGUUCAAUCUUCUUCAUUCUUCUCAUCACAAUUCUUGCUGUAAAUUGUGCAGUUCUUCGAACUCGUCGACAAGUUAUUCACAAUUUGGUAAAUGAUAGAUUCUACGGUGGACCAACAAGUCUUGGAUGGGCUCAAGUUCCACAUAUUGCCAGUCCAAUGUAUUCACCAGUUUUUCUUGCAAGACAAUAACUUGAUCUGACAAAAAUUACUGUAAAUAUAUUCUAGUCAAUGUAUAAUUUAAUUGUUCUUGUAACAAAAAUAAAUGUUUUGUUUUGCAUUUCAAAAUAUGAGAGCAUUUUGGAUCCAAAGACACUAAACAUCUCUGUGUAUCAGAGAUUACAAUAUGAAAAUUAUUUAUAAAAUAAUUUUAUCAAGUUGUUCGCUGAAAAACUUGUUCGAAUCUGAAACUUUUUUCUACCUGUUUUUCUCGCAGGAUAAUCUUAUUUGACAAAAACUGUAAAUAUAGUCUAGUCAAUCAAAAAUAUAAUCGAAUUGUUGUUAUAAUACAAAUAAAUAUCUUGUUUUGUUUUGUAUUAAAAACAGAAACUGUACAAUGAGUACAUUCUGAGUGCGUAUUUGGUUCAAAGAAACACGAUAUCUUAUAUGCCGUGUAACAAAAAUCAAAGACCAAAUUGAAAAACUAUCACAUAAAUAAUAAACACUGGCAAUUCAGUUGAGUUUUAUCGAGAAAACAACUUCAUUUUUCAUCCCUCAACUUUUUGGAACUAUUAAUACAAUACACUGAAUCUGAAUUAGAGUUUUUCACAAAAUGAAUUUCAAAUUUUCAGCCAGAAGUAUUUCAGAAAACAGAGAAACCUUCAAAAAAUGAUAUGUUUCAACAAUUUAAUCAAGAAUUAUAGGAAUUUAUCAUCCAAAAAUCAUUAUCUAUAGUUUUUCAGUCUAUGAUCAUCAACAGUAUCAAUUAAGGUUUACGUGCCAAAUAUGAAAUAAAUUUUUCUGGGGGGAUUCCCCGAAAAACUACGUGACUUUCGAUAGAAAAUUUCAAGUCGUCGUACAGAACAUGAUGAUAUUGCAAACUAUUUUUAAAAAACAAUUUUGUUCUGACCAGAUGAUGACUAUCACAAUGAAUAUGACGUGAUGAACAUCAAAAGGCAGAUUUAACAAUUUUAAUUGUAUUCUAUUUGGUUUAGAUCAUAAUUUCCUGUUCCAUAGUGCAAACCCUUACUCCCCCACGCAUAACAAAAAUUCACAGAAAUUGUGUUGUGGUUAUCCAAAUUUUUUGCUUUCUUCAAUAAAUAGACAUUUCUAUUGGGGUGAUUCAAAUGGCCCGGCAACGGAGAUUAUGAGCACUUUUAAAAAUGUUCAAAUGUUGAUGAAUGAAACUCAAAAUGCACUUACUUGA